CAAAAUGAUGUUAGGAAAGCUAAAGUCAUCAAAAUAAUUCCUGCCCAACAUAAAGGAAAGGGUGAAUUAUGUGACCUACAUCAUGGAAAAAAUGGGGAAAUAUCAUUUUUUUAUCAAAAGAAGAAAUAUUUGUGGGAUGAGAAUAAAAAGAACUUUAAAAAGCUACUUUAUCCAUGUGAUAUAUACUCUAAACUAUCAACAUUUCAAAAUGCUAAAGGUCUUGAAACUCAAAAUGAAAUUAAAUUAACUUACGAGAAAUAUGGAUAUAAUAGAUUCGAUAUUCCUGUGCCAACUUUUCCCGAAUUAUUCAAAGAACAUGCCGUUGCGCCAUUCUUUGUUUUUCAAUUAUUUUGUGUUGGAUUGUGGGUUAUGGAUGAAUAUUGGUACUAUUCGGUGUUUACACUAUUCAUGCUUGUAGUGUUCGAAUCUACUGUCGUCUUUCAGAGAUUGAAAACUUUGGCCGAGUUUCGUACUAUGUCAAUUAAGCCAUACCAGAUCCAUGUUAGACGAAAUCGCCGCUGGACUCCUAUCGACUCUGAUCAGCUUUUACCGGGGGAUUUAGUGUCUAUCGUUCGUUCCAAGGAAGAUAGUGGUGUUCCUUGUGAUAUGAUACUUUUACAAGGUUCUUGUAUUGUGAAUGAGGCGAUGCUGUCUGGUGAAUCGACGCCAUUAUUGAAG